AUGUCUGCCUCGCUCCUACGCACUUCCACCGCCCGCAACGCUCUACGCGCUGGAGCUUCGACUCGUCGCUCUGCCGGCCUUGCUGGAGCGAGCUUCGUCCGGACCAAGGUUACUCUUCCCGAUCUUGCAUAUGACUACGGCGCCCUGGAGCCUUCCAUCUCCGGUCAGAUCAUGGAAAUCCAUCACAAGGGCCACCAUAACGUGUACGUCAAUGGCUUCAACACCAACAUCGAGAAACUGCAGGAAGCGCAAGCCAAGAACGACAUCGCCGCGCAAAUCGCGCUGAAGCCUUUGAUCAACUUCCACGGCGGUGGCCAUAUCAACCACUCUCUGUUCUGGGAGAACUUGGCUCCUAAAAGUGCCGGUGGUGGUGAACCUCCUUCCGGCGCCUUGGCUAAGGCCAUCGAUGAGACUUACGGUAGCUUCAGCGAAUUCCAGACCAAGUUCAACAAUGCCCUAGCUGGUAUCCAGGGCAGCGGUUGGGCUUGGCUUGUUCGGGACAAGGACACUGGCGAUGUGUCUAUCAAGACCUUUGCCAACCAAGAUCCUGUCGUCGGCCAAUACACUCCUCUUCUAGGUGUUGAUGCCUGGGAACACGCAUACUAUCUUCAAUACCAGAACCGGAAGGCGGAGUACUUCAAGGCCAUCUGGGAAGUCUUGAACUGGAAGGCUGCCGAGAAGCGCUUUGGUGCUUAG